GGCCGCCCCGGGAGGAGCGAGCCGGACGUGCCACCUGCAGUGCCGGCUGGUGCUUUUUAUUUACUAGGGAACAGUUCCUCGCGGGAGAGUCCGGGAGCGCGCCGGCACUCGUGCACACACACGCGCGCGCACAUACGCGCACACACGCGCACACACACACAGACACGCUGGCGCGCUGGCUUUUCACUACUGCAUCUCCUAACUGGCGGAGCGAAGCGACUGCAGGUUCUCCAAACCUCAGCAUCGUGGGGCCGAGCAGAGGCAUUGUCAUCAGGGCGAGCCCGGUGCCUGCGCUGCUGCCUCAGGUACCUACCCCAGCAGACCAUCGGCUGGAAUGCUGACUGAUUGCUCUGCAAACUUCUAAGACUGACACCCUGAGGAACCCUACUGGAGAAUGCCGUCUGAAUGCUGCCUCAGUAUUCAGGAAAUGCUGACAGGCCAGAGGCUCUGUCACUCGGAAUCUCACAACGACAGCGUCCUGGCGGCACUGAACCAGCAGAGGAGUGACGGCAUCCUCUGCGAUGUCACCCUGAUCGCCGAGGAGCAGAAAUUCCACGCGCACAAGGCGGUCCUGGCAGCGUGCAGCGACUAUUUCCGGGCAAUGUUCAGUCUUUGUAUGGUGGAAAGUGGAGCUGAUGAGGUGAAUUUACACGGUGUGACCAGCCUUGGCUUAAAGCAGGCUCUGGAGUUUGCAUACACAGGACAGAUUUUGUUGGAGCCAGGUGUGAUCCAGGAUGUGUUAGCAGCUGGCAGUCACCUACAGCUGUUAGAGCUUCUCAAUUUAUGUUCCCACUAUCUCAUCCAGGAAUUAAAUAGCUUUAAUUACUUGGAUCUGUACAGACUUGCUGACCUGUUUAACCUCACUUUGUUGGAGAAAGCAGUGAUCGAUUUCCUAGUGAAACAUCUCUCGGAGCUCCUGAAGAGCCGCCCUGAAGACGUCCUCACGCUACCUUACUGCCUGCUGCAGGAGGUCCUGAAGAGCGACCGCCUGACUUCCCUGAGCGAGGAGCAGAUCUGGCAGCUGGCGGUGAGGUGGCUGGAGCACAACUGCCACUACCAGCACCUGGACGAGCUCUUGCAGUACAUCCGCUUCGGCCUGAUGGACGUGGACACUCUGCACACAGUCGCGCUGUCCCACCCGCUCGUCCGAGCGAGCGAGGCCGCGACGGCGCUGGUCAACGAGGCCCUGGAGUACCACCAGAGCAUCUACGCGCAGCCCGUCUGGCAGACCUGCAGGACCAAGCCGCGCUUCCAGUCGGACACCCUGUACAUCAUCGGCGGGAAGAAGCGCGAGGUCUGCAAAGUCCGGGAGCUGCGGUACUUCAACCCGGUGGACCAGGAGAGCGCUCUGAUCGCCGCCAUCGCCAACUGGAGCGAGCUGGCGCCCAUGCCCGUGGGGAGGAGCCACCACUGCGUGGCGGUCAUGGGCGACUUUCUGUUUGUGGCAGGGGGGGAAGUUGAGCACGCCAGCGGCCGGACGUGUGCCGUGAGGACUGCCUGCCGCUAUGACCCCCGCAGUAACUCCUGGGCCGAGAUAGCGCCCAUGAAGAACUGCCGGGAGCACUUCGUGCUGGGCGCCAUGGAUGAGUACCUGUACGCCGUGGGGGGCAGGAACGAGCUGCGCCAGGUGCUGCCCACGGUGGAGCGGUACUGCCCCAAGAAGAACAAGUGGACCUUCGUGCAGUCCUUUGACCGCUCUCUCUCGUGUCAUGCCGGCUAUGUGGCCGACGGGCUUCUGUGGAUAUCAGGUAGAACGGGCCUCCUAUGUUGGAUUUAGCGAAAACGCAUUUGUUGUGUGUACAUUUAAAAGUUGCGCUUUGGUUCUGUGGCCGUGUGAAAUCAAAGAUAGAGCCAAGCUUGCCAUUUUAGCUAAUUAACAUUCAUUUAUUGAGUUACUUGCUCCAGAGAACAAUGUAAUUGGAAAGAAUGGGCCUUUCUGUGACUUUCUGAGACAGUAGUGGAGUAAAAAUUCAAGAUGGAAA